CCGCCUGACCGACCCUCCGAGCUGCGUGAUGCGGCAGGGAGAGGUGAGGGGCUGAGUCCCGGUCUAGGGAGGUGGCCUGCUCCGGCCGGAGGGCUGGGGGAGGAGGGGACACUGUUGUCAUGGCGACGCAGGUGCGCAGACGUGCGACCCUGUUCAGCCCCGGAUCGUGCGCACACCUUAAUCCGCCCGCGUCUACCUCGCCCCAAGCUGCCUCCAUCCUCCCUGCGACCAGCGCAGAAAUAACCCUCGUUGGCAGCUGACUCUGCGCCGCCACAGCGUGGCUCCCCGGCCCCUCUCCCUCCCGCAGCCUCGUCGCCGGCAGAGGGAUUAAGCUCACCCUGAGGCACUUGGUACAACAGGCCUUCGCGAUUUGGCCACCUGGACCAGUUAGCGGAGUGGCCACAGCUGGGGUCCCGCGCGGCCGCCUCGUUUCUGGGGACUGGCACCGUAGAGAUGCCGCCGCCUGAGGGACCUGGGGGAUCCCCCCAGAGGGAUUUUUUUUAAAGGCAUCCAAUGUAGAGCCUUGGCAUAACAUGUAGUUAGAAAAUGGGGUCUGACUGGAUAAAUCAAGAUCACGACAGCUCUAUUCCGUGGACCAUCGCUAUCCAGUAGAAAUAGGCAGCGAUCCACAUACUGUGUAAUUUUACAUGUUUUAGUAAGCACAUUUAAAAAAUAAACCAGUUGAAUUAAUUUUUAUAUCUUUUAUUUACCCAAUAUAUCCAAAAUAUCAAUAUUAAGUAUAAUCCGUAUUAAGUUAAUAUUAUUAAUUGACUUAAUUAAUUGAUAUUAAAUUAUUGAUAAGCUAUCUUAAAUUCUUUUUUUUUUUUUUUCCAUACAAAGCCUUCAAAAUCUGGUGCGUGUCUUACAUUCACAGCACAUCUCAGUUUGGACCAGCCACAUCUGAAGUACUCAGUGGCCCCAUUUGUCCGAUGUCUACUGUAUGAGACUACACAAACAUAACCAUUUCUUAUAGGUGUGUGUUGUUGCCAAAUACAUGAAACUCAUCAGUGUUCUUUGAAGCCCUCUUGUUACAAGGAGGCAACAAAAAACAUGAGGCAGGGGCUUUUUUUCUCAAGGAGCUGCCAGUCCAGUUGAGAAAAUAGACACUCAAAAAUUAAGUGGAAUUUUAAGUGGAUAUGAUUCAGGCAGUAGUAAAGAUGACAGUAUAUGAUUAGCUGACAAAUGAGAUGGCUGAUAAUUACCCUUAGGAAUUCUAGGGAGUGAUACUUCGGGCUCCUGCAAUAGCGGAAGACUCGGGUCUCGUCUUGGAAGAGUUGAGCGUUUGCAGAGGCUGUCGGACGGAAAAAGACUUUCCUCUCUCACUGACAGCCUCCACCAUGAUUCACAGCCUUUUCUUGAUCAACUCCUCUGGAGAUAUUUUCCUGGAGAAACACUGGAAGAGUGUGGUCAGCCGUUCUGUUUGCGAUUACUUUUUCGAGGCACAAGAGCGAGCAACUGAGGCUGAAAAUGUUCCUCCAGUUAUCUCCACUCCUCACCACUAUCUCCUAAGUGUUUACCGUCACAAGAUCUUUUUUGUGGCUGUGAUCCAGACGGAGGUGCCACCUCUGUUUGUCAUUGAGUUCCUUCACCGAGUAGUGGACACGUUUCAGGAUUAUUUUGGAGUCUGUUCAGAGCCCGUGAUAAAAGACAAUGUGGUUGUGGUUUAUGAGGUAUUGGAAGAGAUGCUUGACAACGGGUUUCCAUUGGCUACCGAGUCGAACAUCCUCAAAGAACUGAUAAAGCCGCCCACUAUCCUUCGAACCGUUGUCAACACCAUCACAGGAAGCACCAAUGUGGGUGACCAGCUUCCCACUGGGCAGCUGUCCGUGGUGCCUUGGCGACGGACUGGGGUGAAAUACACCAACAAUGAGGCCUAUUUUGAUGUGAUUGAAGAGAUUGAUGCCAUCAUUGAUAAAUCAGGGUCCACAGUCACUGCUGAGAUCCAGGGCGUUAUCGAUGCCUGCGUCAAGCUGACCGGAAUGCCCGACCUUACGCUUUCCUUCAUGAACCCCAGGCUGCUAGAUGAUGUCAGCUUCCACCCCUGCGUCCGCUUCAAGCGCUGGGAGUCCGAGCGCAUCCUCUCCUUCAUCCCUCCCGACGGCAACUUCCGCCUGCUCUCGUACCAUGUCAGUGCACAGAACCUGGUGGCGAUUCCAGUUUAUGUCAAACAUAACAUCAGCUUCCGGGACAGUAGUUCUCUUGGCCGCUUUGAAAUAACGGUGGGCCCUAAGCAGACUAUGGGGAAGAGCAUCGAGGGGGUGACGGUCAGCAGCCAGAUGCCCAGAGGCGUCCUGAGCAUGAACCUCACGCCGUCUCAGGGCACGCACACGUUUGACCCGGUCACCAAGAUGCUGUCUUGGGAUGUAGGAAAAAUAAACCCCCAAAAGCUCCCCAGUUUGAAGGGGACCAUGAGUCUUCAGGCUGGAGCUUCCAAACCCGAUGAGAACCCCACGAUUAACCUGCAGUUUAAGAUCCAGCAGCUGGCCAUUUCUGGACUCAAAGUGAAUCGUCUGGAUAUGUAUGGAGAGAAGUACAAACCCUUUAAGGGCAUAAAAUACAUGACCAAAGCUGGCAAGUUCCAAGUUCGAACCUGAAGGGAGAGUUCUGCAAAGGGAACAGUCGUGAACACUUUUUCAUUGCUUACUUGUCUAAAAGUAAAAACUGUCAGCCCUCUCCUAGGUCACUGCCCACUCUGGACCACCUGCUCCUGUUUUCCCAUAGCUACAGUGCCCCGGAGCUAACGAAGGGAGGCCGGGCCGCCAGGGAGGCCUGCGCAGAACCCACACACCAGCAGCACCAAGUCAGUUCUCAAAGCAGAGGCGUGCGAUGCAGGGGGAGGUACUUGGUGCCGUAUGUAACUACUUGUGACAUGGUUACCACAGGAAAAGACCAGCAUUUGUUACUCGCUUGGCUUUAAUUAUCUGAAGCUAAGGAAAGACGUCUUUAGUUUUUUUUUUUUUAAUUUAUUUAUUUUAUUUUUAGUUAUUUUUGGCUGCGUUGGGUCUUUGUUGCUGCGCACGGGCUUUCUCUAGUUGCGGCAAGUGGGGGCUACUCUUCAUUACAAUGCAGGGGAUUCUCACUGCAGUGGCUUCUCUUGUGGUGCACGAGCUCUAGGCACACGCGGGCUUCAGUAGUUGUGGCACGUGGGCUCUGUAGUUGUGGCUCCCGGGCUCUAGAGUGCAGGCUCAGUAGUUGUGGUGCACGGGCUUAGUUGCUCUGCGGCAUGUGGGAUCUUCCCGCACCAGCACUUGAACCCACUUGUCCCCUGCAUUGGCAGGUGGAUUCUUAACCACCGCGUCACCAGGGAAGUCCUGUUUUUGUAUUUCAAGCUGGGAAGAAAGAUUAGAAAGAGAGAGCAAGCUUGGAAGAGAAGGACCGUUAGCCAAGGAAGGGCCGGAGAAGGCUCUGUUCUCGGGGCAGCGUGAAGCACAUGUGCGCACCGCACACUGAAAUGAGGAAGGUGGGAGGAGCUGUCCAGCUCCACCUGCAGGGCGGCUGGGAGGAACAGAGUUGAGUGAGUUUCUUUUUGACCCUUCCGCUUUCAUACAAACAUAAAAAUUUGUACUUCUGGAAAUGCACUGGAAACUUCUUAAAUUCGAGUGCACUGUUGACAUGGAAACCCCAGUGGAAUCAGAUUUUCCCUUAAAGACUACGAUGCUCUCCGACCGGUUUUCCAAUACUGACCGCUGCAUGCCUCCAGCACGUGGCCUGGCAUCUUCAGCGAGGAUGAGCUGCCCUCUUCCAGGGGGUGUUGCCUGAAAUGCCUCUUUCCCUAACCCCCCAACGGCUCCACUCACUUCACUCUACAGAAUUCCUGUUCCCAGAGGAGCGCUUCAGAGAAGCCAAUCCCAUCACCCCUAGGGCAGCAGGUUGUGUGUCAUAGUAUCGGAGUGUAGAUGGCCCCCUUGUGCCACCUCUGUGACCCAUUGGUUCCUUGUUCAUGUCUGUCAGUGCUGCCCUGGUGCUGCAGUCCGACCUUCCCGUCUGCAGCUUUUCCAGUUGUGACCCUAAGUGAGAAGGAUGCCGACCACCGAGGGCACGGCCAGUCCUGGGAGCUGCCCAGUAAAGUUACUUCCUCGGAGUCUCCACUAUUCAUUAACAAUGUAUAUCGACCAGUCGGUUUUUGUUUUAAGACAAAAAAAUCUCCUGAAUCGUUGAAUAAAACUGAUGUUGUAGGGCUUCCCUGGUGGCGCAGUGAGUGAGAAUCUGCCUGCUAAUGCAGGGGACAUGGGUUCGAGCCCUGGUCUGGGAGGAUCCCACAUGCCGCGGAGCAACUAGGCCCGUGAGCCACAACUACUGAGCCUGUGCGUCUGGAGCCUGUGCUCCGCAACAAGAGAGGCCACGAUAGUGAGAGGCCCGCGCACCGCGAUGAAGAGUGGCCCCCGCUUGCCACAACUGGAGAAAGCCCUCGCACAGAAACGAAGACCCAACACAGCAAAAAUAAAUAAAUAAAAUUAAUUUAAAAAAAAAAAAAAAAAAAAAAACUGAUGUUGUAGGAAGAUGGGCCAUGUUGAUCCUGUGUAGCCUGGUUUAAGAAACACGGGCCACUGAAGGCAGACCUCAGGUGUUCCCAGCAGGGAAUUUUUACUCUAGUUUAAUAUGCCCAUUACCCACUGAAAUAUUUAUGGAAAAGACAUGUUUUUAAAAUUAUACCUUUAGGAGCGAUACUGUACCCUGCUUCGUGCAGGGAGAAAAAUGAAGACCUUGUACCCUCCAAACCCUAUGUUUUUUCUCUAAAACCCUGUUUCCAAAUACUUCAGCAAUUUAUUUGUUCUAGUUUUCUCUUCCUACUUCCUGGACUUGUUCUUGCUGCAGAAUACUGUUGCUUUGUGGUUUUCCUCUGGGGUCAAUUGUGCUGGGGACAGCCAGCACAUGUGUCUCAUACUCCAUCACUCCAGAAUUCGUCCUGGAUUCCCAGGUCCCAUACACACCUGCCAUGGAAGGGAGACGCCUCUGCCUGUGGAUUCCAGAAUACCGGAGCUGCUUCUCCCGAGGGCUCUGGAGGAUUUCAGGGUUUCCUCGGUCAUAGGAAACAACCAAUAUUGGUCCCUGAAUAUUCUUAGGUUUAUAAGUCCAGCUGUCCCUCCAGGGCAGCUCAUCCUAAUUUCAGGGGAAGAACUUAAGGAGAAAUAAAGCACCGGGGCUGUGGGACCCACAGGCCUUUCCAUGGGAGGCACCCUGGGCUGCAGACCCCUGGCCACCCCCUUCAGCCGGUGGUGUGUUAGCAUAGCGGGGCCGGGCGCCUCUGCCGAACCGCUCGGUUCCAUACAUGUUUAACGUGCAGAAGCAUCUGCUGUGUUUAAAUGUUAAUAAAGUUGAGUGUUAACAGUUCUUAAUGUCCUGAGGGUCAUGUUACUAGGACUAGCGGGGAUGCCGUGCACACACGCCCCAGUGGAAGCAGGAAGAAGGAAACCAGUUCAUGGGGAUCUCACUGCUUCUGCACUUUCCAACCAGCAGACCUGAAGCCAUAUGUCAUUUUGAAGGUUGUGAGAACAAAGGUCCAGAGCCAUCAAAUUAUGUCCCGCCUAGUGUGUGAAAGACAAAACCAUGCAAACUGCUGGCGUCUAUUCUAGUGCUUUCCUCUUCCUCUCGAUCUUCCUGGGUCGAUUAGUUAGGGCGUGAAACGGGGCUCCGAGGUCCCAGGCAUCCUAAUUGUAGUGGAGAUUUCCCGGAGUCUCCCGUGAAGUGUAGACAAGGGUCCUUCUCCUACGUCUGUCCUGAUUUCCUUCUCUAGGUCCUCUCGUGGCCUGGGGGAGACUAAGACUUCUUUCUGUUUUCUAACCACAAGUGUUGUUGAAUGUUUAUUACUACCCCAUCCUAUCUGUUUCAGUCGUUCACGUCUCUUCCUUUGGUCGGGCUGUUUCCCUAACCUUGUGGUGUGACCGGGUACAUUUUAUAACAUUUGUACUUUCCUCUAUGGCCAGUAGGUGGUGACUGAGUGCCAGCAAUGACAUUAAUUUUUGUAAUUGUUAGAAUUUUUAAAAGGGAAUUGAAUUUGAAAAGCUUAAACUUUCCCCCGAGAUCCCAGGUACUGGGGACUUUGUGGGUCUUUGGCUUUCAGAGUUAAAUGUGGAACCAAAGUUUAUGACACUUUUGACAGCCUGACUUAAGACUGGGGCUCCAGGGGGGUCGGAGUUUCAAUCAUUUGAGUUCCUCUAGGCCUUUACCCAUUAAAACAAUUUGCACA